AUGAAGUUCCCGUUAAUGUCGAGAACAAAAUUUUUGAUCAAAGUAGACAUGACGCUGGAAAUAACUUUUGUACGUGAAGAGAACUAUUGGUGCUACUGUAUUUGCUGUUUCCUUCAGCCUUUGCCUUGGAAGGACAUUUUAUCCACAGUCACAGUAAUGGCAGCUGAAGUGCAAAUGGUACUUUAUGAAGAUGAUUCAGUGCAAGUGCAAUAUGUUGAUGGUUCCAGACUGCAGCUUUCUCCCUGUGGCUCUGAAUUUUUAUUUGAAAAGGCACCUCCUGUUUCAGCACAUCCUUUACAACAGCCAGAAAGAAUUCGCCAAAGGACACACUUUGUUAUUAGCGCUUACCGAGAGCAGUUACAACGAGCCCUCGAUUUUCGUAAUUCUUUUGCUACCUGUCCUUUUUUAUCUGAAAGCGUCAUACCUUCUGAAAUGAAAAUGCAUAUCUUGAUUGAUGUCUCAGAAGUGAGAUGGCCCGGUCUUGACACUGAUGAUGGCAUGACGUGUAUGCAGAGUGGCACUGUGAGGAUAUCAUCUUUAGAUGGUCACGCAUACCUUUGCCUGCCCAAAUCUCAGCAUGAAUUUACAGUACAUUUUUUGUGUAAAGUAAGCCAGCAGCCAGACUCAUCUAUAGAAGUGUCUGAAAAAAAUAAUAAAGGCAAAAAGGACAAACAAGUUGAAAAAACUGGAAAAAUCUGUACACAUGGAAGUUUAUCAGGACAGAGACUGAAGAAUAAAGAAAAUGAACUUUAUCAUCAGAUCAUGAAAUCCAAAGAACAUUCAGAGAAGAGUUGUGUGAAUGGAGCCAAACGGAGAGAGGUGCUGUCUUCACCUCGUACGAAGGACACAUGUGUAUACACAUGGGUAAAGCAGUGCUGGUCUGUGGCCUCCUGUCCGGAGAAAUGGAAAUACCCUUUGUCUUUAGCACUUCGUUUUCAUAAUAAAAUCAGCAGUAUGUCUGGAAUUGAUGCAGAUAUCACCCAGAAGAGAAUGUUAACUUCUGAUGUUUCUGAGGAACGAGGAAAAGAAGUUUCUGUUCUUCCUAGGGCCCUGUUACUGAGCUGUCCUGCCCCACACUUGCACAGGUGGAACUUUUCUGAUUCACUUUCACAGAAACAGUUUGGUGAAGAAGAAUAUUCCUACCAUGAACUAGUCAAAGUGGUUUGGUACAAGGGUGUUACCUAUAGACUAACCCAUAAACAUAUGAACUCAAUAGAGAUUUAUCCUGGAGAUGGAUCUGUUUUCAAAUCAGAAGGAGCUUAUUUGGGGAACUAUUUUACAUAUUAUUCCAUUCGAGAAGAAUCAGAAGAGAGAGAAGAGAAAACUUACUCAGUAAAUAACCUUCCUCCGGAUAGGCCAGGAAGUCCAUUCUCUGUGUGUUCUCUAAUUAAACAGGCAAUCAGAAUUCUUCAGCAUUGUGCCAAGAUGAGGCUCUCUUUAAGCCAUAACUAUCGUAUAUGCUGCUGGAAAAUGGUGCCUGGGAUAAAUGACAGCAGUGUACUGCCUUUGCUUUUGAGAGAAUCGUUCGUGCCUGGCGUAGGAAGAUUUCUUGCAUACUCAGAUGACAAAGUACAUGCUAUCUUUUUAGAUGGCAUUACUUUAACCCUGAAUUGGAAUUUUGGCUCUUUUAUUGAAAAGAGACAGGUAAAUCAAGGUCUCACCUUAGGUUGGUGUAAGUUAACUUUUCCUGAUGGACAAAAUCAGUUAAUUCAAAUUCAACAUCCCAGACCAUAUGAAAGAUAUGUGACAACAGUAAUAUCAUGGUGCAGAAGGCUGACCCAGAUUAGUCAGCAAGAAAUACCCAUACAUCCUUCAUCUUCUGUUCCUGAAGAAAGCUGGUCUGUGGCUUCUGAACUUGAAAAGAUACAGAAGUUUAAUUUGUUAUUGGAGAAUAGUGGUGUCCUAAACCAGAUUUCUAACAAGAAAAACAAACAGUCUUUGGAUUGUUGUAAACCAAAAUCUUCAGAAACCUUGCUAAAAGAAGUUAAUGAAAAGAGUGUAUCGGUGGCAUUGAAAAAAACCUCUGAAAUCCUUCAGGAUAUUGACAAUCUUCUAUCAAACUCUAAAUGGUGA